AUGGAGGAGGGUGCUGUGACGACGCCGUUGACGGGCGAAAACCUCGUCCCGCAGGGUGUUCGUCGCGACGCGACGGCACCACAACAAAACACUACGCACCAACACCACCAAGAAAAAGGGUUCGCGAAGAUGGAGGAUGUGAACGCGACUGCGUCCAUCCUUCAAUGGAUUGAGAAGGCACCCAAUACACAUAUUAACCAUCCAACAUUCGUGAAUACGAUUCGCAAUAUUCAAAUCUACGCAUCCUCACACGGUGAAAGCACCGAGGCGAUUACCGACCUGCGGAAACUGGUCGAACAGAUUCAAUGGGAUAUGGCAAUCGUCCGUGCACGAACUGAACCAUCCACUUCCAGCGCAACCACAGGACUCUCCAGUGAUUCCGCUACUCCGUGGAAAGAGGUGAAUACGCGCAAAUGGCAGAAUAGGCUCUCCAUCGCGAGCCCGCCCUUAUCGACGAGCGUGGGCACGUCCACCCCUGGUGUCACCCAGGCGGAGCUCAGCAUCGACUGCGAGAUCGUGGUCAAGGUCCGUGAUGAGGCUAUCCGCAAGGACCUCGCCAAGGAGUCCCCGGAGCAGCUCGUCCAACGAGCUGAGAGAGCGAGAGCUUUGCAGACGCCGCACGCUGUAGCUGCCAAAGUGAUGCGCCAACACGCGGAGAAGUGGGUUCGAGCCUUUGGAGAUAACGCCUUCGUACGGGUUCCAACCUGGGGAGUGGUGAUUGACGGCGUUCCGGUGCACACCGUCAAUCUGAAGAAUGAGGACUUCAAGCAGCAGCUGAUUGCCCAGAAUCAGCAUUCAUGGGGGUAUCCAGGGGUGGACAUCGAGAUCGCGUACGUGGGCUGGCUCGCUCGGCCUCAUCGACGGGAGAGCUCGCUCGUGGUGGAGUUCACCCAUCCGAUCAUUGCGAACAACGCCCUGACCCGGAAUACGGAUCUAGUGCCCAAGUGUGCCAACUACAAGGGAAACCACAAGGCGAUCAGUGCCAACUGCCCUGUACGGAAGAUUGCGCUAGAACGUGCAAAAGAGGCCUUGGACCGGGUAUUACGCAGUGAUGCGAUACACCGCGUACCAAAGCACCUGCUCGUCCAAGAGAUAGAACCAGCACCACAAGAAGCAGCCAAUAUGGCCGCGAAGAAGACCACCACCACCAUGACACACCGUGCCGCGCCCAAGUCAACAAAAGCGGCAACCAAAUCGACAACCACCACCCGUACGAAACGCACCAAAACACAACAUCAAGAGGCCACCACGGCGCCAGCAGAGCCUGCUCCGGAGCCACCAGUGGACCUCACCGUAGAGUCCAUUCCAGAGCCCGCUCAGGAAACCGCUCCAACAACCGCACCAACAACUGUAUCAACGACCGCUCUAGAAACCGCUCCACAGUCGACUCCCCAGGAUAUCACGGAAUCCGUGGAUGAGCUCAUUGCGCAACGUGGAGUUGAGCCACCGGCUCCACCACCCACCAAGCGCAUACCAACACGCCCAAGCACGCCAGAAGCCGCGGAAGCCUCGGAUAUGGAGACUCCAUUGGCGCCAACAAUCGUACGUGCCGCGACAAUCGAGCCCAAAAGGACGGUUGAGCCCUAUCUCCAAAAACGGGGACGAGGCAGACCGCCCAAGUCCAAAUCGUCCAACAACGACGAACAACCGCUCGAGCCAGCCGCCUCAGUCGAGGCGGCUCUCGCAAUCACACACCCAGAAGAGGAGUCGCCAGCCACAGUCGAUCCCCGGAUGCUACAGACGAAUCCCCAAUAUCCCUUUACAGGUGGUCCCCCAUUGAUAAACCGACGAGCAGGACGGAUCCGUCCACCCUCGAUCCGUCAAGCCGCGGCAAAGCGACGCCGCGAACAGUCCCGCGAAGCCAGCGUGGAUAACGACAACCAACUGCCCCCAUUACCGCCAAUGACCAUGAAUCUGGAGCCCAAUAACGUCACAAUCAGCUCAGGGCCUAUCUUCCGUGAAAUAGACUCGGAGCAACCGUUGAGCUCCGAUUACAACGAGCUACUCCAAUCCUUCGUACGAUCCGGCCAACGGAUCCGUGACUAUCAAUCCCAGAACGGGCAAAACGGGAGAACAUCGAGACAAAGCAUGACCUCGCAAUCCACGGAUGAGCUCGCCUAA